CCCCGCUCCCCCCGGGCACGGCGUGCGGCGGCCCGGCGGCUCCCUGCGCCCAGCCCCGGGGAUGAGCGGGCUGCGACGGCUCUUCCGCGGCAGCGGCCGAGCGCUGGCGUUCGUCUUCGCCGCCUCCGUCGUCUGGCUGCUCCUCGACAUGGCCGCGCUCCGCCUCUCCCUCGGCGACGCCGGCGGGCGGCUGCUGAAGGAGGCGGCGGAGCGCGGGCAGCAGCGGGGGCGGCCCUGGCGCGGCCCCGAGGCCCCGGCGGGCAGCAGCCGGCCCGACCCUGCGGGGCUCCGCGGCGCAGCGACGCCAGACGCCCGGGCAGCCCGCCGGGAGCGCCCCCGGCCCCCCUCCGCCCCCGGGGGCAGGGGGCAGCGGGCGGGGCAGGCCGGGGGGCGGCCCGCGGCUCGGCCGGCUGUGGGCUUGGGGGGCGGCGCAGGGGCCCCGGCGGCGGCGGCGGAGUUUGUGACGGGCCCCGCCGGAGCCGAGCAGCGGGAGGCGUCGCCAUCGCGGCCUCAGGCCCCGCCGCCCCCCGGCGAGCCCCCUUCCCCAGCCCUGCCGGCCCCCGGGCGCACCGAGCCCACCCGGCGAGCUGGCGUCGGGGUGACGGUGGCGGGGACACCCGGGCGCACCGCCGACGGGAGCCGGCAGCGACCCGCCAUCACGUUGGCCACAGCCAGCCUGGUGCUGCCAGCGGGGCUGGGACCCCUGCCCGGGCGGGGGGAGGCAGAAGUGGGAGUGAAAGAAACUUCCCCCCAAAAUAGCUUCAUCCUUAUUAGCAAAGAAGGGGCAAAACGCGGCAGCUCAGCAGUCCCACGGCUGGGCUUCGAGUCUGCGGGGAGCAUCGCCAAGAGGCAAGAGAAGCGCAAUGAGCGGCAAGGAGCGCAGGAGAACGGCGACGAUGCCCACGCUGUGAACGGCAUCACCGGGGCUGCGGCGCUGAGGGGACAGACGCCGGGUGCCACGCACGGAGCAGCUCCUGGGGCACCUGCCGCUGUCAAGGACGGACAGGAGCGGGCAGGUGGCAGGAGCCUGGGGACACACAGGGUCUUGUCCGUGGAUGCGACGCUUGCCCCAAGAGACCCCCGAGCUCCCGGCCAGUUUGGGCAUCCCGUUGCAGUCCCUGAUGAUAAACAAGAUGAAGCAAAAAGCAGAUGGAAAGAAGGAAACUUUAAUGUCUACCUCAGUGAUUUGAUCCCGGUAGACCGAGCCAUAGCGGACACCAGGCCUGCCAGGUGCUCUGAGCAGCAGGUUCAUGAUGACCUCCCGACCACCACCAUCAUCAUGUGCUUUGUGGAUGAAGUGUGGUCCACCCUCCUCCGCUCCGUUCACAGCGUCCUUGGCAGAUCUCCUCCGCACCUGAUUGAAGAAGUCAUUUUGGUGGACGACUUCAGCACAAAAGAGUACCUCAAGGAGAAGCUGGACAAGUACAUGUCACAGUUCCCAAAAGUGAAGAUCCUCCAUCUCAAGGAGAGGCAUGGUCUUAUACGGGCCAGACUGGCAGGAGCGGAGAUUGCUAAAGGCACCGUCCUGACAUUCCUGGACUCGCACGUGGAGUGCAAUGUGGGGUGGCUGGAGCCGCUGCUGGAGAGGGUCCGCCUGAGCCAGGCCAAGGUCGCCUGCCCCGUCAUCGAGGUCAUCAGUGACAAGGACAUGAGUUACAUGACCGUGGACAACUUUCAGCGUGGGAUUUUUACUUGGCCAAUGAAUUUUGGAUGGAGACAGAUUCCACAAGAGGUCAUUGAGAAAAAUAAAAUCAAGGAAACUGAUAUAAUAAGGUGCCCGGUCAUGGCAGGUGGCCUCUUUUCCAUUGACAAGAAGUAUUUUUUUGAGCUGGGAAUGUACGACCCUGGACUGGAUGUUUGGGGAGGUGAAAAUAUGGAGAUUUCAUUCAAGGUCUGGAUGUGUGGAGGCGAGAUUGAGAUUGUUCCGUGCUCCAGAGUCGGGCACAUUUUCAGGAACGACAAUCCUUAUUCCUUCCCAAAAGAUCGUGUGAGAACGGUGGAGAGGAACUUGGCCCGUGUUGCAGAGGUCUGGCUGGACGAGUACAAGGAGUUAUUCUAUGGCCAUGCUUACCACUUGAUCUUGAAAAACGUGGAUGUGGGCGACCUGACUCAACAAAUCCAAUUGCGAAAGAAGCUUCAGUGCAAAAGUUUCCGGUGGUACCUGGAGAACGUCUACCCGGACCUGGAAGCUCCCCUGGUUAAAGCCAGUGGGCUGCUUGUUAACAUAGCCAUGGCAAGAUGCAUCACUGUGGAAAACACCACCCUGACUUUUGAGGCAUGUGAUGUUAGCAACAAGAACCAAAAGUUCAACUACACCUGGCUGAGGCUGAUCCAGCACGGAGAGCUCUGCAUCGCCCCGGCCGGCGCUGCGGGAUCGCUGUGCCUGCGCCACUGCGAGGGCAGGAGCCGCAGCCUGACGUGGCUGCACAGGUCACUGGCCGCCUUCCAGCCAGAGCUGACGGACCACAUCAUCUCAGAGCACCUCCAGCAGCCAGCUUGCUUGGAAGUGGAUCCCUCUCACAAAGCCCUGAGGAUAAAUGCCUGUGACUCUGCAAAUCCUUAUCAAAAGUGGCAGUUUGGCAAUUACUAUGCAGACUGAAGGGAACACAGUUGAACCAGAAACACCGUGUUUUCAUCUUGUGAAUUCAGCAAGGACAUCUGUGCGACUUGUGACAGCAAUUACAAAACUGGAAGUUCAUUUCCAAAUGAUAAUUGAAAUCCUUAAGUUAAACCAGUACAUUGACAGAGCAGAAUACCAAGAGCAGCACAUCUGGUCUGACGAUGUCUGAAACAGAUAGGCGUGUUUUUCCUUCACUGUUGGAGACUUUGGCAAAAACUCAAAUAAUUUUCUGUAUUAUUAAAUGGAAAUAUUUUCUCAAGUCUCCCAUCAUACUGUAAGCAAACCUUCAUCAGUUCCUCCUGGACAACAGCAUAAGCUACAGGAAUAUUUCCAGGUCUCUGUAGUCUGCAAAGAGCAAAUAGGGCUGCUUAUUCUUCCACAGAAAAUGGAAGUUUAUUGACCAA